AUGAAAGACUUAUUAUUCAAAAACGAUUGUAUUAUUGAAGAAAACAGGUUUCAAGACCAAGAUAAUCAACCCGCUCAACAAACUCAGGCCCGUGAUCUUAGAGAAAUAGCACAAAAGGAUGAGAACCCAGUUAAAUGGGUUGAGGUAUUCAAAAAAGCUGCUAAUGCUAAUAAUUGGACCUUGGCCAGAAAAAUUAAAAUCGCAUCAGAACACUUGUUAGAAAUUGCCACUAGUACAGACCAUCCAAAUAUUAACUUAUGUAAUAUUUUUAACCAGGAACCCGAAAGAGAAGUAAAAACUGCUUCUCAACCCGACUACCAACUUUAUGCCAUAAAACAGCAUGAAAAACCAGAUAUAGAGACUAAGCCUAAUUGGAAAGAAAGAUUAAAAAUAGGGUAUCUAGAAAAGAGUAGCGAAAUUUCUAUUAUACAAACACAUGAAGACAAAUUAGAAAUCCCUCAAGAAGCAUACAGUAGUGAUGAGAAUGACUUUUUUAAUACUUACGAAAGUGAGGACGAUCUGGAAAAAGUCGUAAGUUAUCAUAUGGAUGCAGCCCAAACUGAUGAUAAAGAAUUGUACCUCAACCCAUAG